CGCAUCGAUUUGCAAACACGCUCAUUAAGUAACCCGUGACUUUGUCAGAUUUCACAACGCACAUCCAAAACACGAUAACGAAAUAUAGUUUGAACGGUGUUUUGUCCUAUAUGUAACGUUAGUGGACGCGUUUCAAUGGCAGUGGACGAAAGUGUCUUUCUGAGAGCGAAGGAACGGAGUUAUAAGGGGCUGACCGAAGAAGCCAGUCUCAUUUGAAGUUCCAGUUGUGUCUGAUAACUGAAUAUGCUGGAGUUUGGUUUUGGAGGAGCUAGGAGAAUUCUCGAAACCCUCCCAAACAAAAUGUGGAGAUAUGAACAGAAGGAGUGGAACGGGCCCUUCUACUUCAUCCAGGCUGCGGACCCCCAGCUUGGCCUGAUGAAGGCGUGGAGGAUUGGUGACUGUGAUUCAGGAGGGGAUGAGUGGACUGAGGAGGUCCGGCUCACAAAACAGGCAAUCCAAGCGAUCAACAAACUACGGCCCAGACCUCACUUCCUGGUCCUGUGUGGAGACCUGGUCCAUGCUAUGCCUGGAUGUCCGUUCAGAGAAGAACAGGUUAAGGACCUCAAAGAAGCACUGAGAGGCACUGACCCCGACAUUCCUCUUGUGUUCGUCAGUGGCAACCACGAUCUUGGCAACACACCUACUCCGGAGAGCGUGGAGCAGUUCUGCCGCCACUGGGGCGAUGAUUACUUUAGUUUUUGGGUGGGUGGGGUGUUGUGUUUAGUGUUGAACUCUCAGUUCUUCUUCGACUCAUCGGGCUGCCCCGGGUUAAUGGAGGCCCAUGAGGUCUGGUUGGAGAGCCAGCUGCAGAGAGCCACCCAGACCCCCUCCCACCACGUGCUUGUCUUCCAGCACAUUCCGCUCUUCCUCCGUACACCGGAUGAAGAGGAUGACUACUUCAACCUGCAGAGAGGAAUCAGAGAGCGCUUGAUCCAGAGAUUCAAACAAGCAGGGGUGAAAGCUGUGUUCUCCGGUCACUACCACAGAAAUGCAGGGGGCUGCUAUGAUGGGUUGGAUAUGGUGGUUAGCUCCGCUGUUGGUUGUCAGCUGGGAGAUGACACUCAUGGUGUGCGAGUGGUGGUAGUUACUGAAGAUGACAUCAUCCAUCGCUACCAUAGUCUGGACCAAUUAACCGAAAGAGGAAUGGACGAAGACCUGAAGAAAUUGUUGGUUUGAGUCCACCUGCUGAUCACUAAUCAUGGGGUUGUAUCUUCAUCUUCAGCAUUCAUUAUAGAACCUGAGCCAUUGUUUAUACAUUUAGAGCUAUCAGGUACGGAACAAAAAGAGCUCAGAAGAGUUCACAAUACAUUAGUAAGCAUUAAAAAUUGGAUCCAGUGGCUCUUUUGAUCUUUGAUACUCACAUCAUCUGUCUCCAUACUUUAAUCAUGCAAAUACGUCGGAGAAUUUCUUAAACACUGAAGUUAAAUCACCUCAUCAUACUAAUGGAGUGAGGAGAUGCUAGGGUACAAUGGUAGUUUAAUAGUGCUGAACAUUUUGGAUGACAGUUUGAUGAGUUCACUUCUUGCUCCUCUCUGCUCAUUACUCUGAGAGGAGGAAAGAGGCAAUCUCCAUGGUAACUAUUGAAAGACGUGGCUGCGGUGACCGGGACAUCGAGUCACUUGUUCUGUGGGUGGAUCACCAAAAACAUAAUUGCUGACCUCACCUCACACUUAGAAGCUCUGAAAACAGCCGGGUGUGACUGAACGAAUUUGCCGGCGUGCACGCAGCAAGAAAGACAUCUUAAAAUGACCAAGAUCUUGUCUGAAUCUGUGACCUCGUAGCUUUCUCACUAGUGUCAUACAUGCUAAAAUUAAACGGGAUAUUUUCCAGUUUUCUCUGAAUCUUUCCAUGUAACAUUUCUGUGUAAUUUCUAAUGCUACGAUCAUUCAGAGGGGUUCAGAAAAAACAUAAAUUAUGUAAUUGGCAUUCGGCUUGAGUGUAAAGUUGAACUGAAAAUGAACAUGAUUAUCAGAAUGUUGCAGCAUUUGAUUUAAUGGUGGUCUGCAGGAACAUCUGAAUGACUUAAUGUCCUGCACAAUAGAGUUCACACAUUGCAGAUUUACAAUAACACUUAACAGGAAGGUCCUAUUUGUUAACUAACAUGAAGUAGCAGUGGGCAAUACAAUUUUGUGACGUUUAUUAACGUUUAUUAAUGUUAAAAAAUACAUGUUCAGCUUUUGAUUAAAAUAGAUAUUAGUAAAUGUUGAAUUUAACAUUAAUCAAGACUGAUAAAUGCUGUAGAAGUAUUGGUCAUUGUGAUUUCUUAACUAAUGUGGUUAAUAAUGUUAACAAAUUAAAUACUGGAGAUUGUUACCAAAUUUACUUCUUUAAAUAAUGACUUAAGAAUCAAUGAUAAAUGCAGAAUUCGAAACAUUUUUUAUACGUUUCAUCUUUAUUUAAUUUUUUUCAAAAUCUUAUAACUGUGAUUAUUUCAAGAUUUAAUGGAAUACAUUAUUUUUAGAAUUAUAUGCAGUACAUAUUUUAUAUUAUACUUCAAAUGACAGCAAAAUUAAUAGAACAAAAAUGUCAUUCCUUGCCUGUAUUUUCAUGAAUUAGCUUUUUAUUUGAAGAUCUUUGGGUUAUAAAUUCAGGGCUCCUGACUGCCAAUACAAUUGAUACAAAUAUGACAAAAAAAUACAUUUGCAGGAAUCAUUUCAAAUGCAGUUACCACUGUCAAGAGUUAGAACUUUGAGUGUUGUUAUUCAGAAAAGAAAGAUUCAUAGUUGGAACUUUGAGUCUUAAGAGCGGUUACUGAACUGCGAGACAUUUUUGGAUAAUGUUUAAUGUAAGUGAACCAUAUGCAGAAAGAUGUGCAGAAUUGUAUUUGUAUUUAUAUUUAACUACUUUCAAGAUAACUAAAGUGACAGCAUCAAAUGGUAAAAAAGCAGAAAAGAAGUCACUAAACGAAUCAGCGACAGAAGAAAAAAAAUCCUUCAUUACACAAAACAGUCUUUCCCGUUGCUAGCAGCUCACUGCACAGAUCUGACUCAGUGAACCUAGACAUAAAAUGUCCCCUGUCAUGUUACCUUAUUUUCUCUCCAGCUUCUUCCUCUUGUAUAUUGAAAGCAUCUUCCUGUGCUUUUUGUUCUGAUCUCAGGCCUGAGGACAAGUAAUCAGCAUGUCACUCUAAGAUAGCAUGCGGUACUCCAGGAUGUACAACAUAAUACGAUUUGUCCAGGUCAGUGACUGCACCGUAGUAAUGGCCUCUGUUCUUACAUUGAUAAUUUGGAUAUGUCACAGCAAGUCAGCUGUAAAGAGAUACACAGGUUUCUAUUAUUUUUUCAGGUUUCUUACAGAAAUAGGCCAUUGGUCCAUUUGUAAAGCACAGUUUUUCUUGCCUGUCCUGGUUGAUUCUCACAUGGACAGGCAGCAUAGCAUUGUAGAUGAAUUCAGUCUUGGAACAGGAGGACAUUUGACAUUUAGCAGGUUGGUUUUCUUCACACAGCAGAAUGAACUCCUACACUGAGUAAAUCACAGGGCAUCAACAGCCUGACAUAUAAACCACCAAUAAUAACCACCUGCCGAACAGCCAAAACUGGCUUUAUCUUAGCUGCUAUAUUGAAGAGUAAACUUAUUCCACAGUUAAUUCCGGUCUGCCGGACCAAUCAGAAAAGUAGGAAAAAAUAAAUUAAAUAUGAAAUGAUUCAAUCUGUGACGGGGCAUUUUUCUGCAGGUUACAUCUACACGGCAUUAGGUGUUCAGCUAAUUCAUUCUAAACAUCGAUUCGUGAGUGUUUUUUGAGCGAAUCACUGAUCAAUUCACUCACAGAUUCAUUUAAAAAUGUUGAUUCAUUUACAGUCUCAGAAAAAAAGGUGUCACGGUCACAAUACUCUAAGUUGCAAAAGCGAAAAGGUACAUCUUUGUACCCUAUUUACUGCUAAAUUGUACAUAUUAGUAGCUUUUAAAAGGAUACCGACCGAGUAACAUAUUUGAAACUUUUUCUUUUUAAUGGUAUGUUGUUUAAAUGAGUGAUAUGAGUGAGUCAUUGAAUAAUUCACUUAACUGUUUCAUUGAAAAACGCUGCUUCAUUCAGGAACGAAACACCAUUAACAGUUUUUCAGAUGCUUUAUUUGUGUGUCUUGAUAGCAAAAGUAGACAAUUAUUUCUGAUCUAAGACACGUCAGACAAUAUUAAAUUAUUGCUAGUAAAGGGGCCAAAUACAAACACGAACAAAUCUGCAAAUGUCAGAGUUUACGAAAAGGUGUCUUAAAACUAGAUAAAGGCCACCUGUGAGCAUUCCCACAUCUAAAUCAAAAUAAAUAAGUAAAGGGUCCUAAAGUUUCUGAAGCGAGAACUUUCCACAAGCCAACACUUGAGGUUGUCAGUCAACCCUCACACAGACUUUGACAGAUUGCUGUACAGUCUGCCCAUCUGCGCAAGCUAUUUUAGUGGAGUUGGACUGUAAGUCGUUUUCAGUAUGCAGCGAGGUGGAGGGCACAUUAGCAAAGAGACGGAGACACACAACAUCAUUAAGAUGCCUCAUUGGCAUUGCAGAAUGACUUGGCCUAUAAAUACCUGUCUAAAUAAGACUAGAAAACCCUAUUCGUUUUAGACAGAUUGAGAUUUUACUUCCAAUAAAUGUGCUUCUCAUACAUAAUGCCAUGGAUCGUGUGACCUCCUAUAAGACCUUGUCUUGUUUAUACCUCUUUUGAUUCUUUAAUUAGAAUUUCAACUCCUUUCUUAGCGUAGACAUGACUUAUUCUCGCAGAAGGUUUCUAUAUACUACAUUGUAUGUGAACAUUAAUCCCUUUUUUACUGGUUCUUUUAAAAUCCAGUAAGAAUACUAAUGCGGAUAAUCUUCCACCACAUUUUCUCACACCGGGCAGCCUUGAUUUUCAUCCUCUGCUUCAAUUAGAUUAUUACACACGAUAUUAAUAUUUGGAUUAAAGGGAAUUGCAAAAUGGGGCUAAUAUUUUUAAAAGCACCUUUAGACUUAUCAGCCACACUGCAGUUCGGUUUCAACAGUGAGAGCUCCGUUUUUAAAUUCAUUCAACUGUCUGAUCAAAUGGAGCAGCUGUAGUAAUUUCGUAAAAUAUCAAAUGUGCCUCGACUUUCAGCCGCAAAGUAUUUUCUGUUAUUAUUUGUUCUGUUGAAAUGCAUUUUCUGGUGACUCACAGCAGUGCAUUUUAAAUGCGAGACAGCAGUGAAGUCGCAACUGUGAUUUUCCCAAAACACUCUGUAUUACUGAAAGAUCAUUUAUCAUGUAACUAGCCCGUUUAUUUUGUAUCCUUGAAGCAUUAAAAUCCCACAUGAACGUU